GGGCGAUCACCCUCUCACUGGGGAGGACGGCGUACGCCACCACCUGGACGACUGGGGAUAUCUCUGGAGGCACUCUCAGCUUAAAGGACAUCUGGCCCUCGGUCACUGAAACAGAACCAGGUUUUUAUACACAUAUUUAUAAACGUAUAUAUAAAUACAUGUGUGUGUAUUCUUCCUACUUGGUUUAUCCUGGACUUCAAUCUGUUUGGAUCCUUGCAUCACGAUGGCUCCUCUGGAUAAGACCUACAGAGUUUAAAAGAGACAGAAAAAGAAGCACUCCCUCACUGUGACGCUUCAUUCUCUUUAACAGCAGAUUCAAAGUCCUGUAUGUGUGAAACUAUUGUUUCCACCAAUGGUGAGGCACAAGGAGGCUCCUCUCAACAUACCAACUUGAGGACAUCCCUUGGACCCGAGCCACAGGUAUACAUAUGGACAGCCUGUGCCAGGCAAUGUAAAAAUUGAGUUGUUCCGACCAUUGAAGCGCAAGAGAUACAGGAUCCUUACAUCUCCAGACAGGGCCAUUGAGACAACACCCCUUCCCUACAUUGAGAUAUAACAGGCGGACAAGUCAGGAUGUUCAACUUUUGUUAUAAAGAUGUCCACUUUCACAGAACCUGAGGGGAUAUACCUACAUGACUCUCUGCACCUGACAGCCAGUGUGGAGGAGGAAGGAACAGGUAUCUCACACCAAAGUCAGAAGAGGUUGGAGAUCACCUAUGUUAUUGGAAAGUUUAUCUUUAUGGACACACCCAAGGUUUACGAGAAGGGAUCUGUCGUGGAGGGAAAAGUCAAAGCGGUACGUCACGAUGGUACACCCAUCACUAACAUGCUGGUGUAUCUGCUAGAGGGUGGUAGGUGGUCAGCUCGUCUGCUGCAGAAUGUCACAACUGACAGCGAAGGCAUCGCCAAUUUCUCCAUUAGCACAGCCGAGAUAAACAGAGACAUUCAGCUCACGGCAAGCAGCAACCCCCAUAAUAAAUAUGAAGGCCGUCGGACUCCGUUCUAUCAAACUGGAGAACACACAGUGUCACAGAUCCAACCUUUAACUCAAGAUACUAAAACGAUCAGCUCCCUGGAGGUGCAGAAGAAGGAUAAAACACUCGCCUGCGACACAGAGGAAGACAUCCACAUCAAGUUUUUUGUAGUCGGGGAAGCUCAGGGCAAAGCAGAUGUGAUGUAUCUGGUCUUAUCCAGAGGAGCCAUCGUGAUGCAAGGAUCCAAACAGAUUGAAAUCCAGGAUAAACCAAUGACCGAGGGCCAGAUGUCCUUUAAGCUGAGAGUGUCUCCAGAGAUAUCCCCAGUCGUCCAGGUGGUGGCGUACGCCGUCCUCCCCAGUGAGAGGGUGAUCGCCCACAGUGCUGAGUUCACCACCGAGAAAUGCUUCAGUCACAAGGUGUCUCUGGAGUUUUCUCCGUCCUCAGCUGUCCCAGGGGAGGAAAACACCCUGCAGGUGACCGCCCAUCCUGACUCUCUGUGUGGUCUGAGCGCUGUGGACCAGAGCGUCCUUAUCAAGGAGCCGGGGAAAACUCUGAACGUGGACAAGAUAUUCGAUCUGUUGCCUGUGACAAAAUCAACUUUUAUUCCAAAUUCAGCUGAAGACUCUUUUGGGUGCCUUCAGAUAAGAUCUAGAAGACGCGUUGUCGAUUACCCUGAACACAGCACAACAGAUAACGCUUACAAGGUUUUCCAGAACGUAGGACUGAAGAUGGCAACCAAUUUGUUUAUUCGAAUACCUUCAUGCAUCACGUUCAGAGGACAGGUAUCCCACCAAAAAUACGGCCUUAGAAAACAUUACAACCUAGAAAUACUAAAAAGUAUGAGAGUUAUUUCUGAGAGUGUGACUCAUGAUGAUGAAGAGACGGAGAGUGCACCUGUGGAGACAGUCCGCAGUUUCUUCCCCGAGACUUGGAUAUGGGACCUGGUGGAAGUUGGAGCAUCUGGAACAAAAGUCGUGCCCCUCACCGUCCCUGACACCAUCACCACCUGGGAGACGGAGGCUUUCUGUUUGUCCCCUCAAGGUUUCGGCUUGGCUCCUCGUAAAGAGCUCACCGUCUUCCAGCCCUUCUUCCUCGAGCUCAGCCUGCCGUACUCCAUCAUCCGAGGGGAGAACUUUGAGCUGAAGGCGACUGUCUUCAACUACCUGUCCAGCUGCAUCAUGGUCACUGUGACUCCAACUCCCUCCUUGGAUUACACCCUCACCCCUCUCUCAGGUGACCAGUAUACAUCCUGUUUGUGUGGCAACGAGCGCAAGACCCUCAGCUGGAUCAUGGCCCCCGCAGCCUUAGGGGAUGUAAACGUGACUAUGACCGCUGAGGCUGUGGCGUCCCACGCUUCCUGCAACAAUGAGAUUGUGAACGUCCCAGAGAGAGGUCGUAUCGACGUGGUCACAAAAUCUCUCAUAGUGAAGGCUGAAGGAACCGAGGUGACAAAGACCCACAACUGGCUGCUCUGUCCUAAAGAUGAGGCUUUGAAGGAGGAAAUAGACAUACAGCUUCCUGAUAACGUGAUUGAUGGAUCUGCUCGUGCUCUUGUUUCAGUCCUGGGUGACAUCCUGGGCCGAGCUCUGAAGAACCUGGACGGGCUGCUGCAGAUGCCGUAUGGAUGUGGCGAACAGAACAUGGCGCUCCUGGCCCCCAACAUCUACAUCCUCCAAUACCUAAAAAACACCCAGCAACUGACCCCCAAAAUCAUGGAUAAGGCGGCCAAAUUCCUGACCAGUGGCUACCAGAGACAGCUGAACUACAAACAUGCUGGAGGUGCUUACAGCACGUUUGGAACGGGGACGGGGAACACCUGGCUGACAGCUUUCGUGGUGAGAUCCUUUGCCAAAGCACAGUCCUUAGUCUUCAUCGACCCAGGAAAGAUUCAAGAGUCAAAGACCUGGCUGGAGAGCAAGCAGCGGAAACAAGGCUGUUUUGAAAAGUCGGGAAAACUCUUCAACAACAGAAUGAAGGGCGGUGUGUCCGAUGAAGUGACUCUCACUGCGUACAUAAUUGCUGGCUUCCUGGAGAUGAACUCGUCUGUUAGAAAUCCUGUGGUGAGCAAAGGCCUGUCCUGCCUCAAGGCGUCCUUGGGUGACCUCAGCAACACCUACGCCACAGCGCUGAUGUCCUACGUCUUCACCCUGGCUGGAGACAUGGAGACCCGAGGCCAGCUCCUGAGGCACCUUGACACAGUAGCAAUACGCACAGGAGGUUUCCUCCACUGGUCUCAGUCAGCGACAGACACCUCCAGCUCUCUGUCUGUGGAGAUCAGCUCUUAUGUGCUGCUGUCCAUACUCAGUGUCUCUCCUUCUACUGAAGAACUGGGAUACUCCACCAGCAUCGUCAGAUGGCUGACCAACCAGCAGAACUAUUACGGAGGAUUCUCCUCCACACAGGACACAGUGGUGGCUCUGCAGGCUCUGGCUCUCUACUCCACUCGUGUGUUCAGUCCAGAAGGUUCAACCACAGUGGCAGUCCGGUCUCCCACCGGUCAGCUGGUGUUUGACGUGAACCAGGACAACAAGCUGCUCUACCAGGAGGAGCUGCUGAAGGAUGGGACCGGAAAGUACAGCCUGGAGGUGAAGGGAACUUCCUGUGCUUCCAUUCAGAUUUCUCUUCACUACAACAUCCCAACUCCUACUGAUGGCACCAAGCUCAGGGUGGAGGUCCAACCAGAAGCCCCCUGUGGAGAUGUAUUGAUCUGGACCAAGUCUUGUCCAAAGGCACUUGUAAUAACAGUGAUGGAGUUCAGGAGAAGGUCCAGAAACUGAUGCUGUCUUGUAAGUG